CUCAUUGAAAGGCGUUCAACUGGAACUGCUGAACGUCAGCCUGGGAGUUUCCCUUCAGUGUGGCAGCAGACCACUUUCAAACCCAAAGGGAGCCCCCCGGCUCCUGUGGCACUGGCACUGACUGAGCCGAGCCGAGCCGCGCCCCCUCCGGUGCUGACCCCGGCCGCUGCGCCCUGCCCGCUGUCUGUGCUGCGAGUGGCUGCGCUCCCGCCGCGGGUAGGGCGGGCUGCUGCCGCCUCCUGUCCGUCAAAACCAUUUCCCUCACUCAGGGACAGCAAACCGAGCCGAGGCGAGCAGCUCCACACCAACUACUUUGCACUCGCCAACUAUGGACGCUUUAAAGUCGGCUGGCCGGGCGCUGAUUCGGAGCCCCAGUAUUAGCAGGCAGAGCUGGGGGAUGGCCAGGCACCAGAAACUGCCAGAAAACUGGACUGACACAAAAGAAUCCUUACAGGAAGGGAUGGUCUUCCACCUUAAAUACCUUGGUGUGACUGUAGUGGAUCAGCCAAAAGGAGAAGGGAUGGCAGCUGCAGCCAUUAGACGGAUAAUUACUGUGGCCAAAGCAAGUGGAAAGAAAUUCCUCAAAGUUACCCUAACUGUUUCACCUCGGGGGAUAAUGUUACAAGACACAAUAACCAAUGAACUCGUAGAAAAUGUCUCUAUCUACAGGAUAUCAUACUGCACUGCAGACAAGACUCAGGACAAGGUCUUUGCAUAUAUUGCUCAGAGUCAGCUAAAUGAGACUUUGGAAUGCCAUGCAUUUCUUUGUCCGAAGAAAAAAAUUGCACAAGCUGUGACCUUAACGGUUGCUCAGGCCUUCAGAAUUGCAUUUGAUCUUUGGGAAGUGGCACAAGAGGAAAAAUGUAAAAAGACACAUGAACAUUGUAAUGGACCUGAAACUGCAGCUUUUAAUGGAGCAACAGGACAUGUAGAAAAAGAUGUAGCCACAGCAAAUAGUCACAUAGUAAACCAAGUUCAGAAUCCAAUUAUCUCACCAACUGAUGUCCAUCUAGGCAUUACAAGGCAGAACAGUCCAUCUUGUGGGUCCCCUUUACAUGCACUCUCUUGGGAGGAGGAUGAUGGUCUUGAUGAUGCCUUCUCGAGACUUGCUGAGUCUCGAACAAACAUACAGUACAAGAAUGUCUCAGUAGAUCUUCAGGACCCUCUGGUAGAAGAUGCCCUCUUCCAAUCCCAGACUUAAGCAAAGCGUGUCCAUCAACUACAGACUUGGACAAAGAAGUUUUGUCACCACAUUACUUGGUUCAGGCAAAGCUUCCUCUCACUUCUUGAUUGAGAUGUCAUUCUAACCACAAUAACUUUGGCUUGAUUUUGGAACAUGCCGAGAGGAGAGAGCUGGAGAGCAACACGCUGCUUCUGUUUGGCUAAACACACUGGAAAAUCAACAUUUUUUCCUGCUUAUUCAUUUUUGAUGCUUUAACAAUAACCAGACCUUUACAAAGAGUAUUUAGAUUUGAACCAUGAUUUUCACAGAACAAUUGUUUUUUAUCUUAGUUAGGUAACCAUAUCUCUGUUGAUUGACACACAAGUAUCUUUAGAUAUAAACCUGCUAAGAAAGGGAAGAAGGAUGGGAGCAGUGAUUUCAUAUAUAAACAUAAUGUGUUAUUACCUUUGGAAUUGGCACAUUGCACAGAAGCACACAGGAGAGCAUUGCAUUGCAGAGUACUCAAACAUAAGUGGAAGUCUCCAAAUAAGUUUGCCUACUUAUUGUCACCAUUCAAUGUUUCCAUAGAUGGUGGUGGAAAAAAUAAAGCAUUACUUGGCAAGCUUAUUCUGACCAUUUCUCCUUGAGUACUGCCGCAGGUGGCACAGAAUUUCAGAUAUAUUGAAUUUGCUGAAGUACAAAUUAGGUUUCUUUCAGAAAUAAUGUUAUGGGAUAUAGAAUAUGCAUAAUUUGAGAAGUGACAGGUGGUAAGUAUAGUGUGCUUGAGAAGAAGGAGGUUAAUUUAGACGAAUGGUUUCCAAAGCCUCCAUAGAUUUUUUUUUGUCAUUUCUGGACCUGUUGUACACUAAUUAACAGAGAUUGUUUGCUAUGAUUAGUGACUGCCCUUGAAAUCAGGGCUGCAUUUGACCGAUUGUGGCGUCAAGGAGCCCUAGCAAUAAUGGAGUUAAUGGGUAUCGGGGAGGAAAAACUCUCCGCUGGUUGGAGUCAUACUUGGCACAAAGGAAGAUGGUUGUGGUUGUUGGAGAUCAGUCAUCUCAGUUCCAGGGCAUCACUGCAGGAGUUCCUCAGGGUAGU